CCGCGUUGUGUUGGCUCUCAACAAAAACCCGGUGCAAGUGUCCCCAAGUGUCACCGCCCCCUCAACAACCCCAAAAAUGUAAACACCAAAAAUGCCAAGUGACAUGUGCCGGUUGAUAACGUGAAAGUGUCCAAUGAGUGUUGACAAGUGCAUGAAAACUAACCCCCGAUGAAUAUUAAAAGUGAAUAGAUCCCGGAAUCGACCUCGUGAUACAGCAUUCCCACGGAGUCCCCCCCCAACCGGUCCGUAAGAAGGCCACUGCACGCAGGAUCCGAAUUCAGGCCGACCUCCACGUGCAUUCGCGGCCUGCCCACGAAUUCCGCGGAUUCCAAAAGCGAAGGAAAAAACCUGAGUUAAUUUUCCCCCCGGCUCACAAUUUUUCACUGCCCUCGCGAACCCCCGGGGGAAGGCCUCGUCCUCGUAAAGAAAAAAUACAUAAAAGGCGUGAACAAUGGAGGACGAGUUGCGUUGUCCGUCCUGCAAAGAGCUCUUCUCAGAUCCCGUUCUCUUGCCAUGCUGGCAUGCACUCUGCCUAUCGUGCGCUGUUAAUCUUCAGGCACCACCAGACUCACCCCCCGAAUCAACAACCGACUGUUCAAAUGCACCAGGCUCCGACCAAGAGGCUGAUAAAUUAUCAAUCCUCUCGGAGACUGACUCCGGUGUUGUCUGCAGCAGUACAUCAACAAGCUCAAGACCCGGAAGUUACGUAGGUACACCGGGCAAUGGCAAUUGUUUUCCACCAUCAGGUGGUACCCUGUGUUUAUCGUGCCCGGUGUGCCACAAAAAUGUUUAUUUCGAUGAGGGCGGUGCCCACAAUUUGCCGAAAUACCGGGCUAUGCAGAGAAUUGUGGAGAAAUAUCAAGAGGCGAGAAAUGUAAGGCUACAGUGUCAGAUGUGCGAGGGUGAACCGAGGGAGGCAAGCGUCGCCUGUGAGCAGUGCGAGGUACUCUAUUGUGAUCAAUGCAGAGAAUCGUGUCACCCCUUGAGGGGUCCCCUUGCUGCCCAUAAUCUGGGCCCACCCCGAGCCAGCUGGCAAUCAAAUACCAAAGGUAGUAGGCCCACUGGUCCUGAUGGUACUCCAAUUUGUGGUGAUCAUAAUGGGGAGACUGUCAGUCUCUAUUGUGCAUUGUGCAAGAAUGCCGCGUGCUCAAAUUGUCUACGUGAUCGUCAUGCUGCCCAUCCACAUGAUGUACUGCCAUUGGCUGCUGCCUGCAAAGCACAAAAGACGGAAUUGUCACAGAAUCUCCAGCAGUUGUCGGAGCGUGCCCGCUCGACGACAGAAUUCAUCCAGAGACUCAAAGGGAUGACGGAUAAAGUGCAUGAGGAAUGUGCAACCCUCGAGGACGAGGUUGAGGAUAGGGUUGCGAGUUUGGUUACAAUGCUGCAGUCGAGAAAAUCACGAUUAAUCGAGGCAGCGAGACAGACUAGAGACGCCCGAGUGAGAUCACUGAGGGAUCAAGUUGCGAGAUGCGCAACUCAUCUGCAAGCCACCACCGCCCUUUUGACAUUCUGCAUUGAAGCGCUCAAGGAAACGGACAGCUCGGCUUUCCUGCAGAUUGGUGGUAUGUUAUCCGUUAGGGCUGCAACAGCCGCUGGCUCCUGGGGUGCUGCCGAGGGCGUACAGGAGAUGGCACGUCUACCGUUACUAGAUCUUACUCUGGAUGACAAACCCGUCAGGCGUGCCAUCGAUCAACUAACCUUUGUACAGCUGAAACCAUCAGAAGGAGAGGAUCGAUAUCCAACCGCAGCCCCUGGUGCACCGAUCCUGCUGCCCGAGGACUGCAGCGCCGAGAAUAACAGCGUAACGGUUGCCUGGCAGCCACCACCAGGCCACGGGAUUGGAUGUGGUCAGCGCGGUCCAGCAAUCGAAGGUUAUCUCCUGGAGCUCGACGACGGAUGUGGUGGAGAGUUUAGGGAGGUUUAUUGUGGACGAGAGACCAUAUGCACUGUUGAUGGUCUACACUUCAAUUCACUCUACAAUGCUAGGGUCAGGGCAUUCAACAGCGCUGGUGAGGGAGAGUACUCCGAGCUCAUUGGGCUCCAAACUGCUGAGCUGGCGUGGUUCUCAUGGGCAUCUGGCGCACCGGGAAUCCCCCAAGAGGUUACGAUAUCCGAGGAUGCGAUGAGCGCAUCGUGCGAGGGGUAUGAGCAUCGAGUUGUUUUAUCGAGCGUCGGAUUUUCCCGGGGAAUCCACUACUGGGAGCUCACCAUUGACAGAUAUCACAGUGACACUGAUCCAGCCUUUGGCAUUGCUCGGGCUGAUGUAUCACGUGACAAAAUGUUGGGCAAGGACGACAAGGGUUGGAGCAUGUACAUAGACCGUCAGAGGUCGUGGUUUAUGCACGGUGGUGGUCAUGCCCAGAGGACUGAGGGUGGUGUACAACAAGGAUCAACGGUCGGUGUACUCUUGGAUCUUGAUACAACUCAUACCCUCCGUUUCUUCGUUGAUGGCCAGCCACAGGGUGGAAUAGCAUUUCGCGAUCUAUACGGUGUAUUCUAUCCAGCAGUCAGUCUCAAUCGUGGUGUAACUGUAACUCUUCACACCGCCAUUGAUCCCCCUCGCCACUUACUAGCACUUCACGAAGAGUAUAUCAGUGACAUUGUUCAGAGCUAGGGGUACCUCAAUGUCCUUAAGAAGGGCCUCAUGCAGAAUCAUGAGAGUGGUAUUGUCGAUUACGACAGGUCCAAGGAGCACAAUGAUCUUCACAAUCAAACGUUGGAGAAAAUUGUCGAGGAAGGACCGGCCGAGAUCAACUGACAAUGCUUGGUCCAACAUCACAGUACAUUGACAUCAAUUAGACACAUUGUCCCAUAUUUUUAACAUUUCAAUUCACUGUUUUGAUUCAGAGAGGGCUGAGGGACUUGCGUAGACGAUUAAAUUCACCUUGAUAUUCACUUUGAAACUAGAUACAUUCAAAUAUCGUUAGGGAGAGCUUCAUUGAAAAUCAUAAGCAUUGAAUCCAUCGGUACUCACUGCUCAAUUCAAGGAAAUAAAAUACCUUUGACGUUAUGAAACUCAAUUUAUGGCCUGGUGUAGAGUGUAUCGAGAGUAUAUGUGGGCAAAGCCAAAGUACGGUUAAUGAUGUAAACUCGUUUGCAAAUGUUGGUAUAUCGAUCAAAGGUUACUCCGCUGGCUUUGAUGUUUUUCUUUUUUUUCCACCAAGCGAAGGGAAAAAGUGAGCACAUUUUUUUUACAACGGUGUACUACGCUUUUUUUGUUCAUUCGAGAAAAUAAUAAUAUCGCUGCCACAAAAAUCGCUUCGUUUGUAACGAUUUAAGACUGAUUCAUCGAGUGGACUCACCGAAAAUUGUCGAGAGCGAGGAAAUUGGAUGGAAUUUUUAGCACUUGCGAGUGUUUUGUAUGAGAGUUGGGAGCCUGGAUGCACGUAAGAAUGGUAAGACUGUAUUUUAUUGAGAUAAAUAUGAAACAGGGGAUAUAAAAUCAAUAAGAGGAACAAAUUGAACACUGAUUCUCACGUAAAAACGAAAAAAUUCAAUCUAAAACUCACCAGUGUGACACUAUCAUAUCGAACGUAUUUAAACGGAUAGACUUAAGUGUAUCAGUAUCAUAGUAUUAAAGAAAAAUAUAAUAAAAGUACCGGAAAUGAGGAUAACCAGAAAGAGAGAGAAAGAGAGAGAGAGAGCACUUAAAACACACAAAAUAAACAGAAGAAUGGUUUUUCUAGUCCUAGAGAAUGAUUUCAAAAUCAAUUUUGUAUACUUCUAUGAUCGUUAAUUUUCUCAUUGUAUUCAUAUCUCAUCAUUCGGUGUAACCCUCAAAUUUCACAUCAGAAUUAACAAAUAGCAUUUAAAGGGGAAAAUGGUGUUGUGGGUGAGGAACGGGCUAAUUAGCUACUACGACCGCAAAUUUGUGGACGGAAUGACGCGGUCUAUUCACUGGACAGGGUGGCACUUGCUAUUGGAAAAGGGCCUCAACGUUAAUAAUCCCGAGUUCACUCAGCAGUUGAUCAGUGGACAAAAGGGCGAAAUAAUGCAUCAAAAACAGUCUGUAAAUACUUGUAAAUAGCAUUUAUCAAUGAUAUCGCCGAUGAAAUUGCCAAUUGUAAACAUUUAUGACUAUAUUCGACCAAUAAAAAUAUUGCUGAAUA